UGAUAUAACGUUUACAAGAAUCAACUUCUUUUUGCUUACAAAAUUUAUAUAUCAAAAGAUAAGAGAGAACAUGAAUGAUGAAGAAUAUCAACUCCAUUCCUAAUUUUAUUCAAAGUGGUUUGUUUGUAUACAAAACAGAGUCUGUUCCUAACAUAUGUUGUGGUGGUUCUUGCUACAGGCAAUCUUCGUUUUUGGAGCAGAAGCCAGAUUCUACAGGACUUGCCUGAUACAGCACACGUUGAUAUCAUCAGGCUACCGAUGCUGGUCUCUGUGUCAAAGAGAGAAGCAGCAUUGAAACACCAAUCUUAUAUGACAUUUUAAAGAUAUUUUAAAGCGAUGAUUUUGACUUAUAGAUUUUAAAGAAUAUUCAAACAAAGUUCAGUGAUAGUGAUCUGUUGAUUGGACUCUUUAAAUAAGCCCUCUCUUCUUGACCGUUGUCUAGUUGUUGAAUUGUGUUUAUAUUUUUUCUAAUGCUUUAUUUCAUUUUCUGUCAAAAUCUUUCUUCUUCCUCCUCUAUGUCUAAUUCAAUCUUGUUCCUUUCCCUUUUCCUCUUCCUCCCUUUUGUUGUUGAUUCACUUUACUUCAACUUUACAAGUUUUCGACAAGGUGAUCCCGGGGACAUAUUUUACCACGGGGAUGCAACUCCCGAUGAAGAUGGAACAGUGAACUUCAACAACGCUGAACAAACAUCUCAGGUUGGUUGGAUUACUUAUUCAAAGAAGGUGCCUAUAUGGAGUCAUAAAACUGGUAAGGCUUCAGAUUUCAGCACCAGUUUCUCCUUCAAAAUCGAUGCUCGUAAUCUUUCAGCAGAUGGUCAUGGAAUCUGUUUCUUUCUUGCUCCUAUGGGAGCUCAACUACCUGCAUACUCAGUUGGUGGUUUCUUGAAUUUGUUCACUCGGAAGAAUAAUUACUCAUCUUCGUUUCCGCUAGUUCAUGUUGAAUUUGACACGUUUAACAAUCCAGGAUGGGAUCCUAAUGAUGUUGGAUCUCAUGUUGGGAUCAAUAACAACUCUCUUGUUUCUUCCAACUACACUUCUUGGAAUGCAAGCUCUCACAGCCAAGAUAUUUGUCAUGCAAAGAUCUCUUAUGAUUCCGUGACCAAGAAUUUAAGUGUGACUUGGGCUUAUGAGCUAACAGCAACCUCUGAUCCUAAGGAGAGUUCAAGCCUUUCUUACAUCAUCGACCUCGCUAAGGUUCUGCCAUCAGAUGUUAUGUUCGGGUUUAUAGCUGCCGCUGGGACAAACACAGAGGAACAUAGACUUUUAUCAUGGGAGCUCAGUUCAAGUUUGGACAGCGACAAAGCCGAUAGCAGGAUAGGACUAGUAAUUGGCAUUUCGGCUUCCGGGUUUGUUUUUCUGACGUUUAUGGUCAUCACAACCGUGGUGGUUUGGUCACGGAAGCAAAGAAAGAAGAAAGAAAGAGAUAUAGAAAACAUGAUAUCGAUAAACAAAGACCUUGAAAGGGAAGCAGGACCAAGAAAGUUUUCUUAUAAGGAUCUUGUGUCAGCAACCAACAGAUUCUCAAGCCAUAGAAAGCUAGGUGAAGGAGGAUUUGGAGCAGUUUAUGAAGGAAACUUGAAAGAAAUCAAUACAAUGGUUGCGGUGAAGAAACUAUCCGGUGAUUCAAGGCAGGGAAAGAACGAGUUUUUAAACGAAGUUAAGAUCAUCAGCAAACUGAGACAUCGAAACCUCGUGCAGCUCAUCGGUUGGUGUAAUGAGAAAAAUGAGUUCUUGCUGAUAUAUGAGUUAGUUCCAAAUGGUAGCUUGAACUCUCACCUCUUUGGGAAAAGACCCAAUUUACUUUCUUGGGACAUAAGGUACAAGAUAGGUCUUGGUUUAGCCUCUGCUCUGCUUUAUCUUCAUGAAGAAUGGGAUCAAUGUGUACUGCACAGAGACAUCAAGGCAAGUAAUAUAAUGCUUGACAGUGAAUUCAAUGUAAAGUUAGGUGAUUUCGGGUUGGCUCGGCUAAUGAACCAUGAACUUGGUUCCCAUACAACGGGGUUGGCUGGAACUUUUGGGUACAUGGCACCUGAAUAUGUAAUGAAAGGAAGUGCGAGUAAAGAAUCUGAUAUAUAUAGCUUUGGAAUUGUUUUACUAGAGAUUGUCACAGGGAGAAAAUCGCUGGAACGUACACAAGAAGAUAACAGUGAUACAGAGAGUGAUGAUGAGAAGAGUCUAGUGGAGAAAGUUUGGGAGCUUUAUGGAAAACAAGAACUGAUCACUUCAUGUGUUGAUGACAAAUUGGGUGAGGAUUUCGACAAGAAAGAAGCUGAAUGUCUUCUGGUUUUAGGGUUAUGGUGUGCUCAUCCUGAUAAAAACUCGAGACCUUCGAUAAAACAAGGGAUCCAAGUCAUGAAUUUUGAGUCACCAUUGCCUGAUCUUCCAUUGAAGAGGCCUGUUGCUAUGUAUUACAUCUCGACUACUACUUCUUCUUCUUCUCCCUCAGUUAACUCAAAUGGAGUUUCUGUAACGUUCUCAGGCAUCGAGUAUGGUCGUUAAAUAUUAGAGAUUUAACUGUAAUCUCUUUUUGCUCUGUUUUUGUUUCAUCCCAAAGUAUUAUUAUUAUUGGUCAUGCUCUUGAAGAAUGAUUAUUCUUUGUAUAAUCUAUGCUUAAUCUUAUUUUGUAUAUUGUUA